GGGAAAGAAGCUGCCCCUUCGUUCGCAGAUUCCGCCGACGCCAGCGGCCCUUCGCCGGUACCUAUACUGUUUGACGACAAUUGAUGGGAAUGAGUGAGGCUUCGAAGAGUGUGUGGGUGGACGGCAAGUGCAUCAAGUCGGUAAAGGAGUACGCGGGCCUCCUGUCCGCGUCCGAGAAGCCAGCAGCGUGCGAGAACGGCGGCAGAUGGACGAAGUGGUGGGACCUCGAUCGACGUGACCUGGACGGUGUUAUCGUCAGUUCGAUGAGGUCCCUUCGGAUGCCAAGCUCACGCUCCGAUACCCCACUCGUAAGGAAGGGAGAGAGAGAAGCAGAGUCUGGCUUGCAGGGAGGAAAGAGGGACGCUUCUUGUGUGUCAUCCUUCCAUCAGGGAUGAUCAGGGGUACACUGUUCGAACAGGACCGCCCAGGUACGGCGGCUUUCCUGUAUAGCGUUUCUACUGGGAUUUUCUGGCCGGGCUGGGAAUGCUGUUCGCCGGCAUAGGCCACCUUGCGUCAACGCUGUCACCGCAACGGCCCCAUUCACCUGUGAAUGAAUAGGUAGCCGUUCAUCAACAAACAGCCCGUUCAUCAACAAACAGCGGGGAAGAAGCGAUGACGAGCCUGCCGCCUCGCAGACGAAGGAAUGGAGCCGCUCUGCCAUUUCCAGCUCUCGCUGAUGCCGGCAUCCCUCCGUCGGGGGCCCUCUCUGAUUCACCACGUUUGCGAGUACAGAUGUGUGGAUGACGGGAUGACAUGUGGAGCGGGUUUGUUCAUCCAUUCUUGGCCUUGCAUUCGUCCUGCCUGGCGGGAUGAAUGUCAUCCAAUCAAUGGGGUUUGUGCCGAUUGUAGCUUGAGUAGAUGUGAAUAGAGUAGGGGCUGUGUUGUACAUACAUACAGACCCACGUAUCGCUUGAGGGUGUGGUGUAUGGCUGUGAGUGGACCGACAUGUGGAUCGAUCCACAUUUAUCCAUUCAGCCAACACAGACGUACAUUUUCAUAUUCCCUCAUUGUCUAUCUGUCUCUCUGUCACUCGUUGCGGCCACCUGACCCAUGCACUUCACUUCCACUCAGACACACAUACGCGCACACACACGAGGAGAGAUGAGAAGGGGAGAGAGAGAGAGAGAGGGGGGGGACCUCAUCCGCUGUCGAAGUCGACAUGCAGUGAAGAUAAGAAGUUGGUUCUAUGAGAUAACUGGCGCACUUGAGC